AUGAAAUAUAUUUUUUCACCACAGGAAGAAUUCGAUCAAUUCCUCAAAGAUGCUGGUUCAAAACUGGUUGUCAUAGACUUCUUUGCAGAUUGGUGUGGACCAUGCAAGAUGAUCGCCCCAAAAUUUUUGGUAACAUGGAUAAUUUUUUUCAACAGGACCAGUUAACUCUAAGAUCUGAUUGACAAUUCUUCCUUCAAGCUGCUACACAUUUCCUUUUAAACUAGUUACGAGUAUUUGAUGUCAGAUCAAGAUAACAAAUUCUACCUGACAAGUUUGAUUAUUCUUGUUACUUUUUGCUGGAUAAUGUAUGAAUAUAAAAGGGAGAGGUUACAUGCUAAUCACUUCUGCGAGUUAAAGGGUUAAAUAUAUAAAUGUUAAGUUAAAUUCAACUUUCUAGGUUUAGUAACAACCUACUACAAUUAUCUGUCUCUUUUGUGAUGGAAGUAACCCAAAAGGUUUCAAAUGCAUACCUCUAAUGGAGCUCUUGGGUGACUACAAUUUUUACCCCAUGGAACAAACACUGUGAUUGUUGUGGAUCCUUGUCUGGUUUUUCAGACGAUUCAGAGAACACUUUCAUGAUGUGGAAUGAAAUGACAAGAAUGCAUCCAAACCAGUUGCUAGACACUUUCAUCUCCUUAAUCAUUCUAAACAACAUAUGGCAGUUUGCAGCCUCUCCUUACAUCUAGGCAGUUCAGAAAGUCGCAAAACACUAGAACAAAAAUUUAUCUUCCAAAUUGGCACUCUUAAUCCCCAUGGUAUCAACAAGCGCUUUUCAUUCAACUAAUUUAUUCUUGUUUUCUCAUACUCCCACUGAUAGUGUAGCUCCACUUGCUGCAUAUAAACCCACACACAACUCACAAUUCCUCCAAUCGCUCUGACGAAGGGCUAAUGCCCGAAAAGUCAGCUUUUUUACUCUUUACGAUGGCCAAUUUAUGUUUUCAACUCAGUUGUUAACACUAAAUUACCUGGUUUUUCAAAGGAUUCCUUUGUUGCUGAAUACACAAAGUGUAUUUGAAAGAAAAUUUUAGCAGCUGGAGUUUUGAUGGAGAUGUUUGAAUUAUGCUUAAUAGGUACAAUAUUUUUUUCAACUAAAUGCCACCCUUAGUUAAUUGUCACAGAUGGAAGCAAAGGUACCAAAUUGAAUGAUGAAUGCCAUCCUUGGAGAAACACAGCACCUGAUCAGAAGAAUGCAGCAUUUAAUAUGUAACACUUCUACUUCCAAUUGUGACCUGGACAUGGUUUCUGUUUCAAUUAUCAAUAUGAUAUCAAGCAGAAAAGUGAUGAGAAUGAUGAAAAACCUCAAAUAAGGGGAUUAUCAUCUGAUCAAGUACUAAAUUCUCAGAACUAAAAUUAAAGUCAAUGUAUUGCUGGCAGUAAAAAGAGUCACUAAAAAGAUCUUGGAAGUGAAAGGGUUAAUGUUUAUCAGAUACUGUAAUAAACUAAUGAAAACAGCAAUGUAUAGUAUCUAGAGGAGAGAAUUAACAAUCAUAUCUUGGGAGUUAAAUGGUCAUCUUGGAAACUGGGUUAAAAUUAUUUCAAUGAUUAAAGGUUGAUUUUCUUGUUAAACUCCAUUAAUUAUAUCAAUAGAUAUAAUUCUUUUUUAGAAAAUGGCUGAUGAUUUCAAGGGGGAAGUGGAGUUUGCAAAGGUGAAUGUGGAUGAAAAUUUGGUAAGUUGGCUUUGCUUGAGCAUUGAUUCAGCUCUGAAAGUUUACCUAUAAAAUGUUAUGAUCAUAAUUUAUAGAUGUCCCGUAGUUGAAGCAUCUGACUGCAAAAUGAACUGCAGUAGUGCUGCAAGUGAAUUGACUAAAAGAGGAAUACAGUAGUGUAAACUGCUGCUUAUAACUCCAGGGCUUAUACAACUGCGUAAGGGGUUUAGAAGGGCUUUUUUAUGAUCCUUUGUCCCCUAUGAAUGACCAGCAUUUAUCUUCUCCUUACAGUAUCACCCCUGAAUCAUAUGUUAAGGUCAUAAAAAUAAAGGAAAUGGUCCCCAACUAAAGAAGCUCUUGAUUGUUAGAAAAAUUCUCCUAGUCAGCUCUCAAGGAAAUGUAUAGAGAACAGUACUGACAAAAUACAUGCUAAUGUGAGGGUGUAAAGGGUUUGACAGAGGGGCUUAUAUCUAGAACAGAAAAAGCGCUCAAAACAAGUUAUAGCAGAGCUGAUCAAGAUAUGUUAUGCUUUCAGAUGUCACAAAAAUUUAAUUUGUUUCAAUAAAUUUGCAACAGAAUUAAACCUGGCAACACUAAUAAAACUGGCAUGUAGCAAAACAGAAGUUCAGUCUUUUUCCUUAAAGUUCAUGUUUGCUCAGAUUCAACUGAUUCAGCAAGGGGUUCUUAUCUCUUAAAACAAGAAGAGGUGGACAGGGGCUCAUAUCUGGGGGGGGGCAAUCAAAAGUAUUUUCUUUUGUUUUACAGGUAGAUGGGCUUACAUGUAUAACUAGUAUGGCUUAGUGAUAGGGGUGUUUAUAGCUGAUGUUGACAACAUGCACAUGGAGCAAUUUUCUGAGUUUGACAAUUAUACAUUUGUGUUGUAUAUCUGAAUACAGGACACUGCUGAAAAAGAGGAGAUUUCAGCUAUGCCAACUUUUAAGUUUUACAAAAAUGGUGCUAAGGUGAGUCACUUUCCAUAUUGCAAGUAUUAUUGCUCAGAAAUGAUCAUUAUUAGUAUUUGUAAGUGUUAACUUUCUUAAUUUUCUGCUUGAGCAUGGAAUGUUCACAGAAGGAUUUCAACCUCAGACUUUCUGUGCCAAUUAAAUAGCUACCGCAGUUUCUGUGAUGUAAAUAUUGACAUCCAAGCUCUGUUGACUUGUUCUUUUUUUUCCUUUUUUUUUAUUUCUUUUUGUAGAUAGAUGAAGUCACUGGAGCAAGAGAGGAUCAAAUUCUUGAAAAAAUCAAGAUGUAUAAAUGAUGACUUUGGAUUUCAAAGGGGAACAAGUUCUUCACACUGUUGAUUUUUUCUUUCAAGAUUAUUGAUUGUAACAAACAUGCAUUAGAAAUACUGUACUUCAAUAAAAGUGAUAGACAUGUAUGAAUAUUGUGUGAUCUGCAAUUAUUAUAUACUCUGAGGUCUGAGAGAAUUGUUUUGUACUUAUCAGUUGGGAAAUGUUAAUGUUGUUUAUUCCUAUUUACACCUGUCACUUGCACAAUGUUUGGCGAUUACAUUUUAGGUAAUUUUUUUUUAUUGUGAGUUUACAUAAUUUAAGGCUCUUUGAAAAGUAUUUGCCAACGUUUUUUCUGCAUUUCAAUUAGUUGUCUGUUUACUUGAUGGUUUGUUUGAUGUCUUUUUUUCAGAGAUUUUCAUCAUCUACCAUUCCAAGGUUUUCCUUGGAAUUACAGACUUGUCCUCAGUAACAAUUGACAGGUGUUGGGUAGGGUGGGGGGGGGGAGCUGAAGUGAGAAAGGGGCAGCAGCUUGGCUAGAGGUAGAGCUCUGCCAGCAUCGGAGCUCUCUUAUUGUUUAGGACAAUGCGUGAUGGGUUUGAAGCAUGGAAAUUAGUGAUACCCCCUAGAUACUUCUGGGUUCAACUGGAAGCAACAUGUCUACACUGUAGGGCAAAAUGACCACUUCUUGAGGCAAGGUCACUCAGCUAGGGGGAGGGGUGGGAGUAAGUUGGGGAGUUUGGCUAAUGAGGUCAUGUGACCGGCUUUCAUCGACAUCCUCAUUUUCCUAAUCUGCUUUGCAUGGGUCCCUUCUUUUCUACAACUAUCCAUAUCCCCUUUGAACAAAUCCAGAUUCAUUGAUCCUUGCAUCACCAGUUCCCGUCUUGAAAGGCCAGCCAUUUCAGUAUUCAUUGCUUAGUGAGCCGGUAAGCAGGAAUUGAUAGUUUUUCUUUAUUACACACAGUAUUAAUAUGAAAUAAUGAUCAUUAGUUUAAACUGUACAUGUGCUGCUGUCGGUAGUUUCAAGUUAGAAAUAAUCAUGUCAGCAGACUCUAUCUUUUAAGCUUCAACUCAUUAAAACUGAUUUUCUUUCACACUUUUUCGGUUCAAAAAGAAAGAAGAAAAAAUUCUAUCUUUGAUCUACAUUAGCAAGAUCUGAGCUCAGUUGAGUGUAGCAGUAUAUGUGUACAUUAUGAAGGGAUAGCUGCUGCAAUUGAGAGGCUGGUACCCAGUGAAGCGUUGAACAAUCAGAACAGGCUUUCUGUGCCGGAGGCUGGAAAUGCUCGGACGUGCAAAAUUCGUUUGUCGCCUCUGUGUUAUUCUCCUUCCCUGAAUCCUCACUUCUGAGAGAUGGAAAGGAGCAGCUCUGGGUGCGAGAACUCCUCUCUUUAUACCACUUGAGUAAAAGAAACAAGGUUUCGAGAAACAUGAAUGCGCUUACUUAACAUAAUAGACAGAGAGAAAGGUGACAACAAGAAACGCGUCUGCAACAGGAAACGCGUUUGCGAUCAGAAGCUGCUUUUUCUUUUAAAAGAGAUACGUAAUUUACUUAUCUGCCGCGCUCUAAAAUUAAAGGAUGUUUGGCCGAUCUUGAUAUUGCCAUGGUAAAACUAUUGAAAUUUUGACUGAAUUGUAUAUCCAUUUUCUUGAUUGUGCACAGUUUAUCUUUUAAUGUAAUACUUAUGACCAUCACUGUUUUACUCAAACGCCGAAACAAAUGAAAAUCAAGGUCAAAAUGAGAUUAAUAAAAAUUCUAGUCUUUUUGUGUUUUUGUUUUUUUUCUUCGAUGUAAUGUUACUAAUGGAGGCCAAGCGGAACUAGGAAAAUGAAAAGAAACGUCACAAUUAAUAGAAUUAUUAGGGUUCUUCCAAGCGUGAGAUCACGUUCCGAAUAUAUUAGUUUGAAAAUUUCCUGUUUGGAGUUAUCAGUCGACCCAUAACCUCCAGUCGAAAUUCGACACUCCCGUUAAACUGAUUUCCAGCGUGGAAGGGAAAAUGAAAGAGUUAACGACUUUGGUAGGUAUUAUGAUAAAUUAAUUGAAAAGUCGUCAGUUUAGCCUACGGUUGAAGGUGCAGUACAUUUAUUUUUAGAAAAGCUCUCUCAUUUCGUUUCAACAUACGUUGAUUUGGUCAUAUUUUGAGGAGACCUGCAGCUCCAUUUUAAUGUUCAAUAGAUUUUAUUUUGCUAACCAUGGGAGGAGAAUGUCUAAUCUAUGAUAGAAAGCUUACAAUAUGCAGCUAAGAUGUUGCGAUCUUCAUGACGGGUACUGUUUACAUCAUGAGAAGAGCGAUGAAUCGUCGUCAUAUCUGUACUUCAUCCCAAGAACUACAACUCUGGGAAAUAAUUAUAGUUCUGGAUUUGCGUAGAGAGUGCAAAACAAAAUGACUACCGAAUUUUGAAACGAUUCGAAACAGUGUUUGAAAAAAAAUCUCUCGGUUAUAAUUUCGUUAUUUACUCCUGUUUUGGAUAAAAAGCUUUUAGUAAUAUGCUAGUUUUUUAAUUGCGUCUGUUUAUCUACCUACGUAGGCUGAUUAUUCAGCAAAAAAAAAAAAAUCAUUUCUAAAGAUGUGCUGUAAUUUCAAUGAGGGAAAAUUCGCUUUUAACCAAUAUAAUCUGUUGUAAUGACAGCCCGUGAGGCAACUUAACAGCUGUCAAAGUAAUAUGAGAGCCAUCAUUAACAAUUUCUUAGUAUUACCCAACAGGUGCAAUAUUGUUAACUAGAAAAUUAUUGAUAGCCGACAACAAAAUGGAACUCAACCAGUUGGGCAUAAGAUAAAAUAUGGGCUGGAUCACUAGAUCCUUGGACUUUUGGACUAUUUUUUGGACCAAUUUUUGGACCAUUUAUUGGGAGGAGGUAGACCAUUAGUACUAAGGGAGGGGCGCGAUGCGGUCUAUCAGUGCUCAGAGAGGGGUGCAUGGGAGGCAAACUGUCGUUACUGAGGGAGGGGUGGAAGACGAACUAUUAGUACGCAGGGAGGGGUGGGAGGUUGUUUUUUUUUGUCACGCGAGUGCGAAACUCGCACCCAAACACUGGACUAUAAUUGUUAUUGAAAAUAUCGCUAAUGUCAGUUUUCGAUCCUCCACUGUUGGGUCACGCGUGUACCUUUUAAGUCGACUUGUGCCAGUGCUUAAUGGUACACGCUAGUUAACAUGAAUCAUCCACUAGUUGCUUCACGUUUUCCUUGGUGAAUACAAUAUAUCAUGACCAAAAAUAAAGAAACGCUACGAGUCAGCGCAAAAGUUUUGACAUAAAAAUAGUCAGUCGAAAAACCGCUCAAAAUAAUUUGAAUGAUCCAUUAAAAACUCUAUUGAUCAGUAUCAUAUAAACACUUUUAAAGAAAAACUACGUCAUUUCAGAUGAGUCAGUCAUGUAUUUACCCCCUUUUUUUCUAAUCAAGGUUUUAUCUCUCUUGCUUAGCACAGCAUAUAAAAUGUUUUGACUCCCUGCCUCAGCCGUAAGCGGAAGACGCCUUGUGUUUCAGUUGCAAAAUCUUAUUGCCUUUAGUAUCACAUAUUCCAGAAGUAAAGAGUAUCUCAGGGUUUAAAGACUGGCAUUUUUCUCUUGAUCAUUUCCAUUAGAACAUGAAGUUUUAAUUUAGCUACAAAAUUGUCUGGCUUGUGCGAUGAGUUUACUUUUGAGAUCUCAAAACUUGCAUUAACCCUUAACACCCUAACAUCAGAAUCUAUAUUCUCCGUACUAUUCACCAUACAUUUCCCAAGGUGCUGACAAGGAGAAGUUGUUUGAUAAUCAAGAGCUACUUUAGUUGGUGAUCAUUUCUUCCAUUCUCAUUACCUUGAUGUUUGGUUCAAGGGUGGACACUCUUAGGGGUUAAAGGCUUAAAAGCUUCAUUUUGUUUUUGUUUCACACAGAAAGAACUGAAUGAGCUUCUUGAAAGUAGCGGAGUCAAGUUGGUCGUAAUCGACUUUUUUGCCGAUUGGUGUGGUCCUUGCAAGAUAAUGGGACCUAAGUUUGAGGUAUUCGAAUAUCGAACAAAUUUCUUUCAUAAAAACUUAAAGGGAUUAGCGUAGUGUAUCUAAUGCAAGUAAGCAAACCUCAGUGAUACAGUCAUAAAGGGUCUGAAAAUUUGUGCCAAAGGCUUCUAACAGAUUAAGGCUUUUUCCUUAUCUUCUAUAAUUCAGUCACGCACACCGUCCUUUCCGGGACAAGGGUAACUGGGUUACAGAGUUCAUGGGGUGCCUGUGACUCCGUACACGUCUUAAAAUAAAAUAUCUCUUGUUAAUGACCUGUUAUGCUCCCAAUCUUCAGUGAGAGCCUGGUAAAGGGUCCUUCCGCCCCCACCCUACCCCCAAACUAUUUUUUUUAUCUAUUGUGCUGUUGAUUAUCAUUUUUUCAUAGGAAUUGGCCAUGGAGUUCCCUGGUGUUGUAUUCGCCAAAGUAAACAUUGAGAGGGGAAAGGUAUGCAUGAGAGGAGAGUUGACAGCCAAUGAGGUGCACUGUCACUCGCGAACAUAUGAUUUUCCGAAUGAAGUAAUCCUUAUUUUUCAGAUUUUUGGUCUAUAUUUUGAUAUGUCAUGAGAGGAUUCAUUUGCUCGCAGCCAUAGCAUAUUGCAUGAGCCUCUUUCUCACUGAUUGACAUAUCAAUUUUUCCCCCUUUUAUCGUCCGGUGGAAAUGUUUCCUUUCCCUUUUUCUGCACAGUUUUUGCGUUCACUGGAGAGGUCAGUUAAGCAUUUAUCGGGAUUACGAAUGAAUGCACAGGAAAUGAAGAUUCGUAAGAAUCCCGUGAUCGCUAAGGGAAAAGGUGCAAUCGUAUGCAGUUUAGUAAGAAAUGAAUGGAAAUAGGUAUUCCAAUUGGGAAACUGAAACGCUUUGCUGAAAAUAGCCUGACCUUCACCAAUAAAUAAAAACCAACUGCAAGCAAACCAGAACAAGUAUGACCGGAAAUAAAUUUGAGGAGUUGGUUCCAGUCUUUCAGCUCCGGUCAUAAGUGCUGAUAAGUUAGCAGGAGGCCAAAAUGCCAUUAACUUGACAACUUGAAUUUGAAAUCAAUUAUAUAUUUUUCAGGAGCCAACCAAACAUUAUAGUAUUACCUCUAUUCCACAUUUCAAGUUUUUCAAGGAAAAAAAGGUAAUCAACACAAAAUUAUUUUAUACAAACUUGCCUUCUUGAAUAUCAUUUGCUAUACUGAGUUAUCCUCACUGAUUUCCUUUUUUUACUAAUUUUAGGAAGUGGAUAACCUCAGAGGCGCUGAUGAAACAAUUCUUACACAAAAAAUUGAAAAAUGGCAGUAA